AUGUCCUCGUCCCCGGCCCGGGCCCCAGCCCCGAUAGACCGGAUACCGCGCGGGUUCAGCCAGACGUCCUCGGCUCGCUCGUCUGUUUCUGAUGACGCGGCGCUGGCCUGGGCAGGCCCGGGACUAGGGGCGGCGGUAGGGGGGGCGCCGCCGUCACCGUCGCCGAGACCAGCGGCUGCGCGCCGCCUCUCGGCGCGGCCCGGCAGCACGGGGUAUUCGCUCCGCCGGCGGUCGCACCAGCCCGACGCCGCGGGCCCCGAACAGGGAUUCUUCGCCAACGCGUUCCACACGGGCCUAGCUCUCGCGCUCAAGGCGUGGCAGCUGUUCCUUGGGCUGUCGCGGUGGCAGCAGGUGCUCGUGCUUAUUGGCGGCGCCGCGGUGGGCGUCAUGGGACUUGUCGCGCUCGUCUUCAGCCACCGCAUCUUCGCGGCGCUGGGGCCGGUGGCGGAGAAGUGGCGGGCGCUACCCGGCGGGCGGCUGAUCGUGUGGCUGCUGUGCUUUUCGACGGCCUUCCCGCCCGUUAUCGGCUACUCGUCGACCGUGACCAUCGCCGGCUUCGUCUAUGACUUCCCCGGCGGUUGGCCCAUCGUGGCCACGGCCACCAUCGCCGGCUCGACGACCGCCUUCCUCACCAGCCGAGGCAUCUUCAGCGGUUACGUCAACCGCCUCGUCGGCGGCGACCGCCGCUUCGUCGCCCUCGGCCAGGUCCUCCGCCGCGACGGCGUCGGCGUCCUCGCCAUGAUCCGCCUCUGCCCCCUGCCCUACAGCCUGAGCAACGGCUUCUUAGCCACAGUGCCCAGCAUUAGGCCCCUAUCGUAUGCUCUAGCAACGGCCAUGACAACACCAAAGCUGCUCAUCCACGUCUUCAUCGGCAGCCGGCUCGCGCGCAUCGUCGAGAGCGGUGAUAAGAUGAGCGGCCGCGACCGCGCCAUCAACUACGCGAGUAUGGCCAUCGGCGCUCUGGUGGGCUUCGGCGUCGGGCUGAUCAUCUACCGGCGCACGAUGGCGCGGGCGGCCGAGCUGGCGCGCGAGGUGGGCGACGAGGAGGGUGGGCUGGGGGCGACCACGGCCAGCGAGACCGACGACGAGGAGAUGCUAGUGGGUCCGCGCCACCACAACGGCAGUGCCGAGUACGAUUACGAUGAAGAAGCCGAGGACGACGACGUCCACGGUGCCGAGAGCAGCAGACUCAUGAAGACGGGCGGCGCCCUGGCCCCGGGCACGGCCGAUGCCAUGGCCAAGGACGAGGACGCCGCCGCACUGAUGAUGGACGACGACGACAUCUCGCUGUGGGAGACGGAGGCCGGCGCCGGCUACCACGACGCCUGGGACGACGAGGCUCCUCCUGCUCCUCCUGCUCCUCCAGCCUCCGGCAUCGGCAACGGCAUCAAGAGAUGA